CCUGAACUUAUUUAGGCUUGCUAUAACAAAGGGGUUGAAUACUUAUUGACUCAAGAUAUUUCAGCUUUUCAUUUUUAAUUAAUUUGACAUUAUGGAGUAUUUUGUGCAGACCAGUGACAAAAUAAUCCUGCCAUCAAUAGUUUUUGAGCUAUGAUACUUUUGAUGCUGAUAUUUCUGUGUGUUCUUACAAAUCUAUGAAACGUGAGAAUAGUUUUUUGUGUGUUGUUGUUUGUCCAUAAAAAUACAGAGUUCCCCAUGUGGAAGUUAUCUACAUGCAGUGUGAUAUUGUACUGGAUGCAUUGUUUACUGUACAUUUGCUAACUUUAUUCCUCGAUAUUAUUAAAUGAAUGAUAAUUCCAAAGAAACCUAUCCUGGGUGUUUUCUCCAGACCUUAAUAAGUGGAGAAAUGUAUUUGAACUCUACUUGGUUUCGUUUGUGGCGCCAUGUCAGAUAAAAAUGUGAUGUGAGAACUCAGACAAGCAUAAGCACACACACACACCUUUUGCUCAUCUACCUCCCUACUCUAUCCCCUCCCUCCAACUACAUCCUCCUCUUCUCCUCUCUCUCAAAUCCUCCUCCUCCCUUCCUCUCUCUCCUCUUCCAUACAGUGUUGGCUAUACCCUGAUUUUGUUGUCACACAAGUCAAACCCUGGCUCUACCUGGCCCUGUCACUCCUGGGUUUCCUAGCCAACAGCCUGACCCUGCAUGACCUCUGGAGGUCGGUGUGGACCCCCACCGUCAUCCUGACUCUCAACAUGGUGACUUCUGACCUCUUGCUGUGCACCAGCUUCCUGUUCCGGGUGGUAUACUACCGUAGGGGUCACAUCUGGUCUGGAGGGGACAAGGUGUAUCAGGCCGCCAUGCUAACCAUGAUAACAGUCUUCUACGUCAACCUCUACUGUAACAUAAUGCUGCUUCUCUGGACCAGUGUGAUGCGCUACACCACCGUGGUGCGGCCUCGCCCUGCCCUCCUUACUCCCCUCACCAGGUCCAGAGGAUGCUGGGUACUCUGCCUCAUCACCUGGGUAACUGUGGCAACGGUGGUGAGUGCCAGUGUGGUACUUCAGAUCGAAAGAAGAAGAGGAGGAGACAGCUGCUUUGACAUGUUGGAGAAUCACCACAGAGAAGAGUUCAACAACCAACACUGCCUGAGAGUGAUGCUGUUUUUCAUGAUUCUCACCUUUAUUCUGGUCUGCGAUGGGGGACUAGUGUUGCAUCUACAGAGUGUCAGGGGGGCCAGGAACAAACACACCAGUGAAGGAGGGGUGACGGAGGUGGUUGAGUUGCGGGGUGGAAGAGGGGUGUGUGGUGUGUUUAGGGGAGAGGGAGGGCAGGGGGAGAACAGACGGGGUGUAGACUUGGGGGUGCGUUCAGGGGCAGGAGAGAGGCAGGGGGUGAAGGGUGGUAGUCUGAGGGUACGAAGGAAGAUCCUGGCAGCGGUUGUGGUGUUUGUGGCGUGUUUCCUUCCCUACCAUGUCCAGCGUGCAGUGACCCUGCUCUCACCACACGGGGGCGACUGUGAGAAGGGGAAAACAUGAUGGAGUGUGACAAACGCAACCAUAACCAUAGCAGCGCUGAGUUGUGUUGUACUGAUCUACCAAUAAAUACAUUGGUAGAUCAACACUGAUCUACCAAUAAAUAC